AUGGGCGGGGGCGGCAAGGGGGCGCAGGCCCGUGGUGCAGGGGGUGAGGUCGCUGUGGCCCAGAAAGGUUGGCCGCAGCCACCGGAGGGGGUGGCAGGAGGAGAAAGCGCCCCAGCUGCCCAGAAGGCUGGGUUGUGCGUGCCAGUGGGCGGCCCGGGCAGCAAGGAACAGGCCGACGUGCGCGGAGGGGCCAUCCUCCUGUAUGGAGACGUGCUCUACAGCGGCGGCAAGAAGUACCAGCAGGCACUCAAGAAUCACGCUUUCCAGGCCCUGGUGCCACUGCUUUUCCACCUGGCCGACUCCUGCCCCAAGGUGGUCAUGCUUGGCUCGGCCAACAAGGGAGGGAGAGGUCAGCUCAGGGACCGGCCCGUCUCAAAUCAGGCCGCCACCACCAAGUGCCGCAGACAGGGCUGCUGGGUCGAGGGUGUGGCAGACUGGUCCCCUCCGGCCUUUCUCCUGGGCACAUGGACGGCGUCUUCUCCCCGUGUCCUCACGUGGUCGUCCCCCUGUCUGCGUGUCCAGAUUCCUCUCCCGAAGACAAAGCUGACCUUCCUGCGCUGUGCCGUCCUGCUGAAAUGGGAGUUCCGGAAGGAGCUGUUUGGGAAGCUGGCAUGGGGUCGUGGCCUCAGCGCCGAGAACGACGUUUUCAUCUACACGGUGGAGAGCAACCUUGACAACUACCACCGGUUUCUCAUGCAGGCGUUGACUUACCUGAGCAGCCCUGACAGGAACCUGAAGCAGGCGGCCAUGAAGUUCAUCAGGGGGGUGCUGCAGGACUACUUUCCCGACCUCUGCAUCUGUCUGAGGAAGGCCGACGUGAGGACCCUCAGGAAACACUUGGAGAUCCUGAAGCAGGACCCAGACUCCGUGAGCCGCAGAUUCUACAGCAGCUUCCUGGAGGACAUCUGGGAGCUGUCCCAGUACGUGACCCACUGAACCGUGGCUCGAUGUCGUGCUGGUUCCCGGCGUGUGUUUGACGUUCUCUAUUAAAUGUGACAGAGUUCCCUUUGGCCUCCCUGGGCUCUCCCUGCCUUGCACCCCUCAGUAGGGCUGGGUGGCCUCCCCUCCAGACGCAGACGCUCAGGAUGUGGGGUCCUCAGCAGCUCUGCUGGUACUCGGCCCGGAGCCCUGGGGGUCAGCCUUGACACCUCUCCCAGCCCUCCCCAGGUCCGGCGGUCCCCAGCAUCUAGAAUCUUCCCACUGCCCUGCCGUGGUCCAAGCCCCCCAGCCUCCCCUCCUGCACCACGCGUGGCCCCGAGACCCUCGGGGCCCUGUGUCCACCUUCCUGUGCUGCCCUUUUGGUGCCUGGUCUCACUGGCCUCCCUGCCUGCCCCGCCCCCUCUCCCUAGCCCAAGUGGGCAGGGCAAAGCCUUCCCUCCUGCUCCGGGCCACGGCGAGGGGCCCUUCGGUUGUGUCCGACGGCCCCCUUGCCCACUGUGGCUGUUCUGGGGAUGGCAUGUGGGCACGUGGUAAUCGCCUGGUAAACGUGAGUCAAACCAGCGAGUCAAGAC